GUUCUAUUUCUCUCUUCAUGCUGCGAUCCAGCCUUGGAAAAUAUCUAGGCAAAGGAGUUUUACAGAUAUAAGUGAGAACUCAUCGAUGCAUCCUCCAUGACCAUGUGAGAAACUUGAUCAGGAACCCUAACCCCAUUUUUAGGUUUCCCUCCCUUUGCAAAAACAUGGACAUCCAAACGGCCAUCUAAUACGACCAUGUCAUCCACAGCUCUGCAAUCGAUCAGCAUCUCCUCCGAAGAAGGCCUCGAUGGCGUCGAUGGAUCAGCUAGAUUCUCCUUCCACCCUUCUUGUUCAGCUCUUGCUUCAGUCAGUGGCCCCAUCACAGCCCGUCUAGCAGCUGAGCACCCCGCUCGCGCAACCGUCGAAGUACACGUCCGUCCGCUCUCAUCAGUGCCAGGAACUGCAGAAAAAUCACGUGGAAUGGCAAUACGAGAGAUAGUAGAACGCUCGUGUCUUCUCGCACAACAUCCUCGCACUCUCAUCCAGGUCGUCGUUCAAGCCCUGACGAAUCCGACUCCCGGUUAUGCCCUUCUCGCAGCCGAAAUCAACGCAUGCACGCUUGCUCUUAUCAACGCCGGUUCAAUCGCGAUGCGGGGUGUGGUUUGCGCAGUUCCUGUCGGUAGAGUGAAGAAGGGAAGCGUUAUUUCCGUGGAGGUUGACGUAGCCGACGAUGUUGUGCUUGAAGGAGGUGGAUGUUUUGCUUUCUUGUUUGGAUUCGCGCUGUCAGGGCCGAUAAAAGGAAGUGCUCCACCCUGCGAGGAUGUUUGGUCGACUUACAGCGCUCGCCCUGGGUCAUCAUUUGAUCAGGCUGAACUUGUAAGGGCUAGAGAGGUGGCACGAGAAGCCGCGGCGGAGGUAUGGCAAUGCGUGAAAAAUAGCAUACGCCAUCAAAAAACGACAGGAGAGAUCCAAUCACCGCACGAAGUCGUUGUCAAGAUGGAAAUAUAAGCGCGAGCUGUACAUAGAAAUUGUGCGUAUCCUCUGGUUAUUCACUCUGUUGCUGUUUAAGAAGUCAGUUCU